AUGAUCACAAGAUCCGUAAACUUCGUUUCGUGUUCUGCUCUCAAUCGAUCCUCUCACUGCCCACUUGAAGCUAUUGUCGCUGCGGAGCUUGAUGACAAUGAAAUUUGUCUGUAUGGUCAGGUUAGCAAUAUGAAGGAUAUAGGAGAUGGUGAUAUUGGUGUUGGAAAGUCUGGGCGAAAUCCAAUCAUUAAUAAUCUCGUUCAAGUUAAUCAAACUACUGGUGACAACAGAGGCGAUCAUUUUGGUGCUACAAAGCCAAUUGGAAUGUAUUUUAGGACGCACAGAGAAGAAGAAACUCAGACACAUAUAACGAAAUCACCUACGCAAGUUUGCAUAGGCUGGCAGCUUGACUGA